CUUAUCACCUUUUCUUCUGCUAACCUCCACCGGAGAAGACAGGAUAAGCCCGGGCCAAUCUAUCAGUGCAAACCAGACAAUAACCUCUUGGAACGAUGUCUUUGCAUUGGGCUUCUUCAAUCCUCCUAAUUCUACCAAUCGCUACGUUGGAAUUUGGUACAACAAGAUUCCAGUUCCGACGGUUGUAUGGGUGGCUAACAAAGAAAACCCACUUCUGGAUUCCGCCGGAGUUCUUACAAUCACCAACAAUGGAAAUCUCGUCAUUUUGGAUGGGAGCAGAAACAUUGUUUGGUCGUCCAACGUUUCCAGUAUGGUUGAAAACGCUACGACCGCUGUGCUUAUGGAUACUGGUAAUCUUGUUUUGAGACAAACCGAUCAGACGAUCGUGUGGCAGAGCUUCGAUGAUCCUUUUGGUACAUUGCUCGCAGGUGCGAAAUUGAGUUUGAAUCAAAAAACCAAAGAAAACAUACGUCUCAUUUCAUGGAUGGAUGUAAAUGAUCCUUCCAUCGGGUCAUAUGCUUAUGGUAUUGAUCCCCGCACGCCUCAUCAGUUUAGCAUGUGGAGGGGGGCGGAAACGUACAUGAGGGGCGAUGUAUGGCAACAGGUCUCAGCCACCCGUAGGCCGGAGGCGGACCGCGACUAUGUGGGCUUUACUUCUGUUGUGAUCAUCAACGAUGAAAUUUAUUAUGAGUAUACUCUUUCCGACAAUUUGGUAAUACUAAGGUGGGUGUUAACGCCGAUGGGGCUCUUACAGAUGCAGUCAUGGCAAGAGAAUUCGAAAGAGUGGAAAGUUUUGACCUCGCAGCCUGGAAAUGAAUGCGAGUUGUAUGCAAGAUGCGGUCCAUUUGCUAGUUGUGUUAUUAGCAGCUCAUCAUCAAUGUGUAAGUGCUUGAGAGGAUUCAAGCCCAAAAUCCAGAAAGACUGGGAUUCGGGGAAUUGGUCUGGAGGUUGUGUGAGGCAAAAGCCAUUAGAGUGCGAGAAGGGAGAUGGGUUUUUGAAGUUGGUAGAGACGAAACUGCCUGAUUUUUCGAUAUCGGCUGGAAAUAUUAGUAUGAGAGAGUGUGAACUGGCAUGCCACAGCAACUGUUCUUGCACUGCUUAUGCUUAUACAAAUGUGAGCGGCUGGGGAGACUGGAAAUGUGUGAUUUGGGUUGGAGAUUUGAUUGAUCUUGUGGAUAAUAGAGAAACGAUAGUUGAUCUCUACGUGCGUCUUGCUGCUUCCGAAUUGGGCAUAGACGGUCAGGUAACUGACGCAUCUAACAAGAGGAGACGUUUGCUUGCCAUUCUACUGUCAUCAGCUGCCGUAGGGAUACUUCUUUUGGGCACUUCUGGCUACCUCUGGUUAAGGAGACGCGGGAAAAAUGGGAUGAGAGAAACAAACAAGGCGUAUCCUUCAGAAGGUUCGGCUGGUGUUGAAACACAUUACAGGGGAUGUAACACUCUUCAGACCGGCACAAAUAUCUCAGAACUAGCAUUUCUCGAUUUUGAUUAUAUAGUUGCAGCCACGGACAACUUCUCUGCAACAAAUGAGCUUGGAGUGGGUGGUUUUGGCCCCGUUUACAAGGGGACAAUCUCAGGCCAAGAGGUAGCUGUGAAGAGACUUUCUAAAAGCUCAGGGCAAGGCCUAGAGGAGUUUAAGAAUGAAGUAGAGCUUAUUGCCAAGCUUCAACACAGGAAUCUUGUUAAGCUUUUGGGUUGGUGUAUAUCCGGUGAAGAAAAGAUAUUGAUCUACGAGUACAUGCCCAACAAUAGCCUAGAUAAAUAUCUAUUUGAUCCAAGCAGAGAGCCACAACUGGAUUGGGGUCAGCGGUUCCGCAUUGUUGAAGGGGUUGCACAAGGGCUUCUUUAUCUUCAUCGGUAUUCAAGAUUAAGAAUCAUUCACAGAGAUCUAAAGGCCAGCAACAUUCUUUUAGAUGGUGAGAUGAACCCAAAAAUAUCAGACUUUGGAUUGGCCAGGAUCUUUGGCGGAAAUCAAACCCAAGGAAACACUGCUAGAGUGGUGGGGACUUAUGGUUAUAUGUCACCGGAGUACGCCGUAAGGGGUCAUUUCUCAGAGAAAUCUGAUGUCUUUAGCUUUGGAGUAUUAUUGUUAGAGAUCGUGAGUGGGAAACGGAGCAGCAGAUUUUGGCCUUAUGAACAGUGGUCAAAUCUUCUAGGAUUUGCAUGGCAACUGUGGAAUGAAGGUAGGGGACUGGAGCUGAUGGAUCCGUCGAUAAGCAAUUCACAUGUGACCCAUGAAGUGGACAGAUGCAUCCAUGUGGGGCUCUUAUGUGUCCAAGAGGACCCAACUGAUCGGCCCACCAUGUCUUCUAUUGUUCUCAUGUUAGGCAACGAAAGUGCAAGACCACCAUCACCCAAGCAACCUGCAUUUUCUACAUGGAAGAGUCCCAUCACUGCUAAUCCAUCUUCGGAUAACUCUGUAAAUGAGAUGACAAUUAGCAUGUUAGAACCCAGGACAUAGUUCUUGUUACUUACAAAGGGAAAUCAGAGGCUGUUUUGCUGUUAAUAGAAUGAGAUUAAGAUCUUUCUUAUGUCAAUGAGGUUUGGGCGAUGGUCUAUAUAGCUUUUGAGAGAUUGGCUCCUUCAAUGUGGUUUCCUUUUUUGUAUAGCAAAGCAUGAGGAGUCAGAAAACAUUUUAAAUCUUUUUUAAAUAGUUUUUUUUUCUUCCUUUUUUUGUUCUUUUAUCAUACGUGUAGUGGGGGUACCGUCCACCUUUCCUAGAAAAAGUUCUAGUAACUACAUCUAACAUAAAUUUUUGAGCUAUAGCUCUUGAUUUUUAUUAAUGGAAAAUUCAAUUAUACUGUUGUUGAA